UACGCGCACGAGACCGCGCGCGCGAUAGAGAGAGAGAGAGAGAAAGAGUCGGUACUCGAUAUCCGUCUAUCCCAUAAUUUAUACCUCCUGCAUAGAGGGGGGAAAAGAAGUAAUUCCCGGAUAUUGAUACUUUGUAGCUUUGAUAUUGAUACUUUGUAGAUUUGAUGUUGAUAUUUUGUAGCGCUGAUAUCGAUACUUUAAAGCUUUUGCGAAAAUUAUUGCUUUUAUCAUAAAUUAAACGGCUGUGAACCCGGAAGUUGUGUUUUUUUGAGAACUUGGAUAAGCAGAGAUGGCUUUCAUGGUGAAGCACAUGAUCGGCGGGCAGCUGAAGGACCUGACCGGGGGAUUAAAGGAGGAGAAAUCGGAUGCAGAGAAAGGAGAAGCUGCGGCUAAAGGCAUGACAGAAGAGGAGUAUGAGCAGUACCAAGAGCAGCUGGAGGAGGAGAAGCGAGAACGAGAUGCCAAUUUUGCCCAGAAGAAGGCGGAAAGAGCUACAGUGAGAACUCAUUUCAGGGAAAAAUACAAACUCCCAAAGAACGAGGUGGAUGAGACGCAGAUCCAGGCUGCGACGCAGGACGUCGAGCUGCCCACAGAGCUCGCGAAGAUGAUCGCCGAGGACAACCAGGAGGAAGAGAGCAAGCUCUCGGUGCUCAGCCAGCUGUCCAACAUCCAGAACGUGGACAUCGACCACCUGAAGGACAAAGCGCAGGCCACGCUGGAGGAGCUGAAAAACUCCGCAGAGAAGUGCACACUCAUGUGAAUUUGUCUCUCUUUUUCUCCCAGUGUCAUUUUUUUCUCUCUAUCUCCCUCUUCUUCCUCUCAUAUAACACGUCUGUGUCUUCAACACCAUGCUGAAGGAGAAGGCAAGAUCUACUCCUUUUCCUCUCUCUAUCUAUCCCCUUCUUUUCUUCUCUUUUCUAUCACAUGUCCCGUACAUUGCAUUUACACACAAUAGGAUUUCAGCUCAAUACACUGCCAAAUGUACCAGCUGCCAGGUUUGAUGCCAAGUCCAUUAAGCUCCCCUACACUCACACAUGGACAGAUCUGUACAGCGCAUAUGGACUCACACAUCCUACAUAUCCAUCGCCCAUCUGUGUGUCAGAGCAUCCCAGAUUUACCAUCACUGCUGUUUGGUUGUGAAUAUUUUCAGAGCUGGAGAUUAUGCCCAUAUUUACACCAGGGAAAGUUGCUGCUUUGGUAGUAUGCGACCGCCGCUAUUGCGAAAAGCAUCUGACCCAGGGUUUUUUUCCUGAGCAUCUAGAGCACCACCUUUAAACAAAAAAGUAAUUACAUUUAAAUAAAAAUAAGGAAUAAAACAAAAAACAGAGUGACAAAUAAUGUUUUUCUUUAAUAUACAUUUUAUAGAGCACCUUAUUCAUAAAAAAUGUAGACCGUAAACACUCAUGCUAAGUUAUUCACACUUUUCUGGCCCUGAAAUCAGCUCCGCACACAUCUUUAACAAAGCUGCUUACCUCUGCCAUUAAAAAAAAAGGCAAAUCUUGAGACUGGCUGCAUUUAACAGAGAACAAAAAAAGCUAAGUCUCUUCAGUGCGUUUAAUUGUGCUAUAAUCGAUAAAGUUCAUUCAUCUUCUAUACCGCUUUAUCCUGUAUACAGGGUCGCGGGGGGGCCUGAAGCCUAACCCAGGAGACUUGGGACACGAGGCGGGGUACACCCUGGACAGGGUGCCAAUCCAUCACAGGGUACACACCCAUACACAUACAAACUACAUGCAAAUUUGGAAACGCCAAAGUAACCUAAUCUGUGGAGUGUGAGAGGAAAGCGGAGUACCUGGAUAACAUCGACCAAACAUGGGGUGAACAUGCAAACUCCAUGCACACAGACCCUGAGCUGGGAAUCAAACCCUUGACCCUGGAGGUGAUGUGUUAUCUUAGGAUAAAGCAAUAAUGACUACGUGACUAAGAAGCGAACAUCCAGUCCGCUGUGACAUUAUUCAACAGACCUGGCUUGUUUUCCGCCGUUCAGGUCCCCACUGACGAUCAUGUGACCAUGACCUACCCCAAACCCUCACCAUUCUUUACCUCCCAUCCAGUGGUGCUGUCUUGUGAGGUGAUUGUGUGUUGUUUUACAGCUACAAUGUGUUGUUCUUUUUGACUGUUUCCCCCCUUUAAGAUCAACAUACUCAAUAUUACAUAUAUAAAAUAAUCAAACUGUCUUUUACUGAACAGCUUGGUUCUCCAAGCUGAUAAUGAGUGGUUUGCGAUAGCACAGAUGAAGAAUUUAAUUUCUUUUUAUUUUUUGCCAACAUUUUUUUUCCGCCGUGUGCUUUGUGUGAGUCGUGCUGUGCCAGUUGGUUGAAACUGUUUGUGUAAUUGCCAUUUUUAUAAGCACCUGUGCAAAUACCUAGUGCCAUAGAGCAUUGCCAAGAGUCUUAAAAUGUGUGUCUUUGUGUGUCUGUUACCUGUAAGGGUGCAACGUAAUCCUGUAUAUACAGCAAUAUCUAUACACAGAAACAAGAAAGAUGCAUGUUAAUAUCUUUCAGUUUAUUUAUGUAUAAACUUGUGACAUGAGAGCGUGAGUAUGUUGAUUUUCUCCUCUGUAUUAUAAUGUGUAUUAUAUAAUAGUGUAUAAUAAUAAUUCCCACACUCUAUAGACUAAAUUAUGAAUUAUGGUAAUUUUAUGAUUUUCAAUGUUAAAACUAUAGUAAACAUAUUUUUAUGA